CAGGACCAGAGACAGGAGGGACUGCUGCUUUACACAAAGUCAUUACAACUGGAAAUGAAGGCAGUAAGCGAAGAAGCGAAAGACUGGGACAAUAUGAGAAGAAUGCUGCGAGAUUUUGUCAGAAAGAGAAGCCAUUGUCCCUUCAAGGGACCAAACGAUGGCCAUCACGUCUCGUACAGGCGGUUCAGGAGAAGGAUCAUCCAGAGGAGCAGCAGUGAGGGUCCAGCUGCAAGCACACCUCUGGCCACUGGGGGGCAGAGGGAGCCCAGGUUUGAUCUGGAGGCAGUCUGCCAGAGACUGGAGCUGGACUCCCCUCCGAGAGACCAUGAACCAGCACAGAGACACCUGCAGGGAAACCUUCAUGAGACAGAGCUGGCAGGAGGCGUAUCGCACUGUGGGGGUGUCACAUCUCCAAACACACAACACACCUUCACUGCCAGGAGAUGGACUGCUACAGAGAGUGCCCCAAAGCAGGGAUUGGUCUGGAGAGCAGCAAUUCAUCAACAUGGAAAUGUUCAACAGGCUGGUUCUGAUGAGAGGACACAUGCUUUGCAGCCAUUUGCUGUUCUGGACAGUACUUCUGUCAGUCAGUGUGGAAAGUCAGUGCUGAAGUUGGCGGCACCGUCACUGCUGAACGACUACUACACUAAUCUUCUCGACUGCAGUUGUGAUGGUAUAAUUGCUUUAGCACUGGGCUCUUCUGUUUACCUCUGGAAUUCAGAAACUCGUGCUCUGGUGGGACAUUUGGCCCAGAGUCCACAACCAGGACGAGCGUACCUUCAGACCAUCUCGUGUCUGAGCUGGAGCAGAGAUGGCAGAACUCUCUGCAUCGGCACCAGGCGAGGGGAGAUGCAGUUGUGGGAUGUUGAACAAAAGAAGAGUAUGAGGCGUCUGUGGUCACAUCAGUCUGUGGUGAUGGCUCUUUCUUGGAAACAGCAGUUACUCAGCAGCGGCUCAGUUCUCGGGCAUAUCCAUCACGUCGACCCUCGGGCUCCUUCACCUCUCGUGGGUGCCGUUGUGCAGAAGGAGGCGAUCUGCAGCCUCCAGUGGGCCCCAGGAGAGGACUGUCUGGCCAGCGGCUCCACAGAGGGCCUCCUCUGUAUAUGGGACGGAGACAUCGCCGGGGUCACGAGGUCACACCAGCCAAUCACUAUGAUGACACAGCCCAGCGCUGUAAAGGCAAUGGGAUGGUGUCCAUGGCAGAGAAAGAUGAUUGCCACCGGAGGUGGAUUGAAAGAUGGAGAGCUGAGAAUCUGGGACACAGAUUUGGGAACAUGUGUGACAUCAGCUAACACAAAGUCUCAGAUCUGUUCUCUACGUUGGGCUGAAAAGAAGAGAUAUCUGGUCACAGGUCACGGUCUGCCUCAUCACCAAGUCACCUGCUGGUCGUCGGAGUUUCCCUCCCUCAGCCCCCUCUACCAGCUCAGAGCUCAUUCUGAUCGAGUCUUGCACUUGGCCAUAAACUCUGACAGCACUCCGAUUUUCUCUGCUGGAGCAGACCAGCGCUUUCACAUCUGGGACAUGUAAAUAUUGACGUCACCAAAAAAUGGACAUAAUGGUGGUUGGCAGGUGGUCGGACCUGUCUCAAACGUUCUCUUUUUAUUCACAUCGUGUCAAGAAUUCACAUUUCCUGUUCCCUUUCCUGAAUCCACCACAAUAAGAAGCUGGCAAACCACAAUCAAACCAAGAUGGUUCAUACCUCACAAUUUUAGGGUAGAAUAAAACACUUGGAAGAUAUUCUCAUUCUGUACAAUAUAUUCCUAUCUUUUUUUCAUUUUCCAGAUACCAAAUAUGGAUACCAGGGCAGUUAUGUGAUAAUAUUACAGAUAAUAUACCAAAACAGGCUGCUGCUGAGGACUCUCUAGUUUGUAAGAGAUGAACACAUUUUGCAAGAAGCGCAGUCCAAAGUCAAAUACUUUGCACAUUAAACAUUUUCUGUUAUGUAUUCAUGUAACUUGUGACAAAUUAUAUUUAAUGUUUGUUCCAUGUUUCUUUUCUUUGUUGCCUACACUUAAAUGGUUACCUCCAGUCCUUAGAUAUGCAACUCGAUUAAAAACUGUUAUAUAGAACAAUUUAAA